AAUAAUUGUAUUUUAAUAGGAAUUGAGAACCGCUUUCGACAAAGAGAACCCACGGCUGUCACUGUCAGCUGCAGUGGUGGCCGGCGUUAACGGCGGUACCGCUGAUCACGCCUAUGACUUCCCGGCUAUGGCUGCUUCACUCGAUUACAUAAGUGUGAUGACCUAUGACGAGGCGGGCACGUGGGAGGGCAAGACUGGCCAUCACUCCAAGUUCUCGUUCUGCAAAUCCGGGUCCGAGUACUACGUCAACAAAGGUAUACCCAAAGAGAAAGUACUAAUGGGGGUCCCAUUCUAUGGACACACAUUCAAAUUGGCCGAUAAAAACAAGCACUAUAUCGGGGCUCCCAUUGCCGGUGAGGGCCGUACACCCCAUGGCGAGGGCGACAACGCUUUCUACAGUGAAAUGUGUGAUUUGAUUAAGAAUAAGGGUUGGGCUAAGGAGGACCCGGAUCAGGGACACGACCCCAUCUCUUACCACGAGCUAACGUGGGUGGGCUAUGACGACCCCUACGCCGCCUAUGAGUGA